UUUACGUCGAAUUCUAUCCGUUGACUUGGGAAUUCUGCAGCGUGAUGCUUUACAAGCACAUGAAAUAUUUCAUCUACUUGAUAAGCUUCGUCUCGAUGCUGAUACAGCUGUAGACUCAGAGUCAAUGAGACGGUUGUUUGAUGUCACCCAAGCAGUUCUGAGGGUGAAGGAUAGCGAAGUAACUACUGCUUACGAGGAGCUGGAGAGAAUGGAGAGGGAAGGAGGAGCAGUGAAAGGAGACAAGAGGCAGAACGACGAAGUAGCAAGACUGAAAGAGACAGUGAAGCGGCAAGAACAACUACUACGAGAAAAGGCCUCAGGUAGUAUCAGGCGUGAUGUUCAAAUUGCCCAAGAAGAGACAGAGAUUUGGAGACGCCGAUAUGAGACGAUGGAACGUGAGUUGAGAGAAGUUGAGUCAAACAGCAACAGAACAAAGAGAGACAAUGAAAGGAUGAGUGAAGAAAUGCAUAGGCUACAAGAACGAAUUAAGUACUUGGAGAACGAGAAUAAACAGUUUCAUACUGAUGUCAGUGAUUAUCAACGGCAGCUACAGAGUCAGAGAGAGAGUCUCUUACAACAAAGAGAUAGCGAAGGUGCACACACAAGAGACAAAGAUUUAAGACUCAAGCAGUACAGAGAUAUGUUGGAUGAGUUGGAAGCAGCAAACUCAGACUUGCAACAGCAGACAAUCGAUUUGCAACAGAAGCUAUCUUUGGCAACUAAUGAUAUAAAUGAGACGACAGACCAACUGGAAAGAAUGAAGGCUGUUGUUUCUGAAAGUGAAGAGGAAAAUGUUCAUUUGUUGAAAGAGAAACAGUCACUUGAAGCGAAACUUAAAGAUGUCACAGAACAGCAAGAACUGCAAACUGUCAGCGAUGAGCAAGUGUUGGCUGUCGUGGAACAGAAAGCUCAGGAGUGGCAGAGAUUCCAAGACACAACCGAAGACAUCUAUUAUGAAAAGAGUUCAAUUUCUGAAGAUGCUGUAUUAGCUGCUAAAGAUGAAGAAUUGGAAAGGUGUCAGCAUCAGCUUGCUGAGUAUCAACAGAUUGAAUCUGCAGCUCGACUAGAUCAGGACAGAGCCUCUGUUGUUCAGUUAACAAGAGCUCUCAGAGAGAAAGACAACCAAGUGGAGACAUUGGAAGGGCAGCUGCAGUUGGCAUCUAAUGAUAUUAAUCGGCUUAGUGACGACAUCAGGAUUGAAAGGAACAGAAGCAAUGAAGAUGGUAGAGUGAAACAGUUACAGAGUGAGUUGCAACAAUUGGAGAAGGAGCUAAAUGAAGCAAAACUGGCUUGUAAUGAUGAGAAGGAACGUAGAGACAAUGCAGAAAGAAAUGUGAGCGAUAAAGAUAGAGAAUUGGCCGAGUUGUCUAAUAGAAUGAGUGAAUACGAACAAAAUCAUUAUGGUUUGUCUAAUGCAGUGCAAGAGAUCAAGGAAUGGAGGACAAGAGCUGCUGUAAGAGACAGCAAUAUCAACACUCUGACAAGCCAAGUGAAUGAAUUAGAAAGUCAGUUGAAUGAACUUCAUGAUGAGAAUGAUGCAUUGCGACAAAAAUUUGGAAUUGAGCUUGAUCAGUCAGUUGAUUUGUCUCAGUAUCGAUACAGACGCAAUGUGGAGGUGGAGCAACAGAAGGCAGUUAAUCGAGUGUUAAAGAAAGAAAUCGAAAGGCUGGAAGAAGAACGACAGAAAAUGAAAAGCCAGCUCAUCAAACAAGCUAUGCAUCGAGGAGAACGAGCCGUCCAAUUGGGUCUAAAUACUGAGGACCUUGUGACAGUAGAAGAGUUGGCAGCAGUCUCUGGUUCGAAGGAGUGGGGAGAAAGUGAAUGGAGGAUGGAGAAGAGACGGCUGGAAAGUGAAAUGAGUGAAAUGAGAAUGAAAGUUGCAGAUGGAGAAAAGCAGAUCGAAGCUAUUCACAACAAGAUGGCCACCUUGAAUUUGCAACUUGUGGAUGCACGAGAGAAAAACAAAAAUAUGUUUGUUGCAUUCCAGGAGCUCAGUGAAAUGAUUAAGGUGACUAAUAAACAAUCAAGUAGUGGCAAUUUGCCUCAGAUUAUCGAAUGUCCAUCUCUUGAUUCUCUGCUUUCAAUGUUCAAUCUAUUAACAGAUCCAUCCAGUAGUGGGAUGAAAGUACAGUGGACUGCCCAAGUAGAACAUAUGUCGGGAAGAAAUGAAGAACUAAGGAGUCAAUUGGUGUCUUGUCGAGAGGAAACAUCGCAAGCCAUUAAAGAAAAUCAAAGACUACAAGUAGAACUGGACACAGUUACAAGAGAGAACAAAGUAUUAAGGGCAGCAGGUUCAGCAGCCGCUGUUUUGCAACCACUGUCUUUACCUUCUCAGGUACCCAGCACUCACACUGAAUUGGUAGGGAGUUUAAAUGAACAGUUGAUAGCUGUGUUGCACUCUCUGUCAAUGAAAGAAGAGCUGUCAUGUCUAAUGGAAAACGAACUAGAAGCAAUGAAGAGAAAAUUUAGUGUUGUAGUACAUCAACAAGGCAUUCUUUAUCAACAGUAUUGUGAGAAAGUGGAGGAAGCUACUGAAAACGUAAAGAAAUUGCAAACUGAGAAGACAAAGCUUGAAGAACUGCGCCAACAAGACAGCAUUAAACUAAGUGAAUUGCAGAGGUUAGCAGACUCGUUGUCAUCUACACCAGAUGAUCAAAGCAAAAGACUCAGAGAAGCAACUCGAAAGCUUACUAUACUGAAGUUGAAUAAGAAAGCACUAACUCGACAUCUUGCUGCAACGCAAGAAAAUGAGGAGUCAUUGAGAAUUGAGAACAAGAAGCUUAAAGCAGACAUGAUAACUUUAGAAACAUCAAUCACUGAACGUCUAGGGUUUUUGCAGAGGUACAAAGAAAAAGCUCAGUUCCAACUGUCUGUCUUACAGACUACUCUCAGGGACAGUGUUCCUCGACAUGAAGUAGAACUGACAAAUAGACAAUAUGUUGAACUGAUGGAGAAAUACAGAGACUUGCUGCAGAAAGAAAGUUUGUUGGUUGAAAGAGACAGAGAAAUGGAGAAGAUGAGAGUGGAAAUUGAUCAAACACGCAACGAGAGUCAGCAAUUGAAGAGUGAGCUUCAAGGAGAAAAAGAACGAGCAAGAACUGCUGAGCAAGCCUUGCAGCGUGUCACUGCCAAUACCGACAGCAAGUCAGAUAGAACAGAGGAUGAGGCUUCAUAUGCUCAACAACUGGCUAUUUUAGAGAUGAAGGAAUUGAAUGAACAACAGAAAGCUGAACACGCUGUCAAACAACUGGAAUUGCUGAAGCAACACAUUAAUCAGUUAGAACAAAGAAAUGGACAGCUGGAAGACAAAUUUAGUGAGCUGGCACGUGUUAAUUUGCAUUGCCAAAGAAGUGAACAAAUGCUGAGAGAAGAACUAUCUCAUGCUGUCACUCAAGCUCAACAUGAAUCAGUUGUAGAAUCACUUAAAAACGCAAGAGAAACACUUCUUACACAGAAACUGGAAAUAAAUGAAUUAAAAGAAGUAAGUGAGGUGGCAGCACAUCAGAAUAGAGCUUUAGAGGCAUUGCAGCAAUCUCAAGAAAAGGAACUUUUCAGUUUGAGAAACCAACUGAGAGAUGGUCAGAGUCAGAGUGAUGAGAAAGCUGUCAUUGGAAAGCUUCAUAGACAUAUUGUUCAACUUCAGGUGAGUGAAAGUACGGCUGUAAGGAAAUUAGAGGCUGCACAAACUAGAGUAUUAAAACUAGAGGCUGCACUACUCCGAUUGGAUCAACAAUGUGUUGAGAAAGAUGAAGAAAUCUAUAGAAGCAAGCUAAUGGCACGAAAUAGAGUAAAUCGGCUCCUGAACACAAUACAAGAGCUUAGGAAGAGAUUUAGUGGAGCAUUGCCAAUAGCAGAGCAGGAGAGGUUUGCCAACACUGUCAGAAAAUUGGAAGAGAGUAGAGUAAUGGCUGAGAAGGAAAGAAAGGCGGCACAGAAGGAGAAAAUGGCAGCUGAUGACAGACUAGCAGAGAUCAAAGUAAAAGAGCAAGAUUUGAAUGAGUUGGUUGAUGCACUGAAAUCAGGGCAGGGAUCAGCACGAGUAGUUGAAUGGCAUGAUAAAAUGAGUGAAAUGAGAUUAGACAAUUUGCAGCUGAAGAGAGCUGUAGACAGGCAACAAGAGAGGAUAAAACAAGUUGAGGACAUGUUGGUAAAGCGAGAAGAAACUAUUAGUGAUCUGCAGGAGCGCUUGUCAUGUGCAUUAAGGGACCAGGAAGAGAGGGAUCUACAGUGGGAAGAACGAGAAAGUGCACUAGAAAAGAUGGUAGAAAAGCUUAACCAGCAGCAAGAAGACAUGGCAAAUGCAGCUAUUGAGGUGGAGCGAGCAUCUAAUUCACUGCCUGAUCCUACACUACCAUUAGCUAAUCAAUUGGAACAUGCUGUUAGUAAGCUGAAAGAGUAUGCCAAGCUGAAGGUAAAGAACAAACAGGAAAUGGACGAGUUGAAACAAAAGUCACAAGAAUUACAAGAACAGAUAAAUGAGGGCACAGGCGUUUUGUUACAGAAAGAUAAGAUUAUUACUGAAUUGCGACUUAGAGUAUCAGGACAGCCACCAACUUCUCUUGUAGAAACAGCAGAGGAUAAGUCAAUGAAGAAGGCCUUGACAGCUGCUCAAGACACCAUAUCUGAUCUUCAGUCCUUGGUCAAUCAGAAAGAAACUGCUUUAGCAAAGUAUCAAUCUAUUUUGGAACAAACGAGGCAAGAUGCAAAACGUCAGGCAGACAUUCAUGAAUCAGAGGUCUUUCAACUUCACCAGAAGAUUCAUAUGAAUUCUGAAGACAAUUUUGGAAAGCUGAAACAGGCAGCUCUGGAUGCAGCUUGUAUUCCUCAGCCAGUUCUACCGACAGACAAACAACUGGCUCGCUUGUCUGAGCUGGAAGAGCUGCUUGCUGAACAAGAUAAUGUCAACUCAGCUUUGUCUGAAAAGCUGAGAAAAUCUAAACAAGAGACGUCAUCUGUGAAAAGUGAAAUGGACCAACUAUUGACUGCAGUGCAAGGUGAGAAGGCCUCUUUAGAAGAAUCACUGAGUACCCAGAUAAAGCGCCUUGUUGAUGAGAAAGAACAACUGGAAAAGAGACUAAAGGAACACAGUGACGAGCUGUCAAUUCUGAAAGGAGAGCUGUCAGCUGCACAAGAAGCAGCAACACAAGCACCUUCUAGAACUUUACGAACUCUAGUGGAACAGCUAAGGAACCAACUGGCCUUAAAGGAAAAGCAAAACAAGUCUUUGAGUCAGGCACUCUUGCAGCUAAGGGCUGAUCUUGUGGCAACUGCCCAACACAGUGCUGAGACAAGAGCUAAUGAAGUUCUGGAAAGCAUUAACAUUCAACAGGUGAUUGAUACUCAAACAAGUGAACUACAACAACGAAUACAAGAGCUGCAGACAAGACUUGAUAAACUUCGAACAGAAUUAAAACAGGGGAAGGACUCUGAAUCUUCACUCAGCUGUCGAGUUGAAAGUUUGCUUGAGCAAAUCAAACGAAAAGAUAACACAAUAGAGAAAUUGACCCGUGAAGUAAGCAGACUUCAGCAGUUCAGCAACCAACUACAUGCAAGAGAACAUAGCUUGAUGAAAGAAGACACUCAAAUGAUGUCUGCAGGCAAACAUUCAUCUUCUGAGACUGAAAAAUUAAGGAAUCAAAUCAAGCUCCUUAAGUCAAAACUUGACAAACAAGACCAGCUGUUGAAGGAACACAAAGAGAGCAUGGAAAAAUCAUCAUGUGUAAUGGCUUCUCGUAGUGGGCCAUCAAAAAGUCAGGAGGAGGUAAUUCGAUGGGAUGAGAACAAGAAAUGGCAAAAAAGAGUAGAAUCUUUGAAGACCAAAGUUUCAGACAAAACGAGAGAGUGUGAAUCGUUAGCCAAACAGGUAACUGCUUUGAAGGACACCAUAACACGUUUGGAACGAGAUCGUUCUUUGUCACAGACUCAAACAACUCAUAGUACAGAAGCAACAGAGCAACAUUCGUGGAAAACACAGCAGCUGAAAACUGAGAUCUUCCAUUUGACAGAACAAGUUGCUUCCUUGCAACACCAAUUGAAAAUGGGACCGCAGGUUGAGACAGAGUAUUUGCAAACUACUAACCAACAGCUGAUCAACACUGUUCAUGCUCUUGAAUCUCAGCUUAAGGAGAUGUCAGGUGACGGUGAAUCAACUAGUAUUCAGUUUAAUGCAUUACACAAACACCAGCAAGAACUAGAAGACAAAGUUUUGGUGCUGGAGAAGGACAACAUCCAGCUGCAGCUAGAACUAGAAAAUGCACAUGCCACGGUUCCUCGACUGCAGAGUCGUGUAGCUGAUCUGGAGCAGUAUUUCAGUCAUUUAGCUGCUGAGACCAGCUCUAGUCACCAGUCCACCAGUGGAAGAAAUCGCAUCAGUGAGCUUGAGAAUGUCGUGGCUGCUUUGAAGCGAGUUGUUGAGAAGCAGCAGAGUGAAAAUGAGAGCUUGCGAAGGUCUCGUCCAUCAAGCAAGUACAGUCAAAGCUCACUUGCAUCAGAAAACAAAAAACUUAAAGAAGAACUACGAGUGCUGAAGACUAGCAGCACCAAGGAUGGUGGCAGUACUCGUCUUUUUAAUUCAUCAAAACUGAUUGCAGAAAAUGAUCGGUUGAGGCAAGAGCUGAAACAAGAAAUUGAGAGAGCUGAGAAACUUGAUAUAAACAAAGCGAAGUUAGAGGUGACUACUAGACAGUUGAAGAAACAGCUGGAUGAGCUGCACAAGGAAAAGUCUUUAACUGAUCAAGAACCACAUUUCAAGAUAGCAGAAAAGCUGCGAAUGCUGCAAGCAGAAUUAGAGAGAAAGAAUGGAAUGUUACAAGAGGUGAAAAGACACGUUCGCACUGCUGCAGAACGAGAGAAGGAAUGGGUGAAAAAGCAAGCAGAGCUAGAAGAACAGGUAUCUCUAUUGCAACGUUUCUCAGAGGGGGGUGUUUCACUUACACAACUUUCUCAACAGCUAGCGGCUGCAAGACAGCAAGUGGCAAGCUAUGAGGAGGAACGUUUAAAUUUGAUAACCGAAAUGGCUCAACUCAAACAGCGGAACAAAUCUCCAUUGACAAUGACUGAAAAUGAACAGUUGAGUGAAUUACAAGCUGAACGAGACAGACUAAGAGAUGAAAACCAACAGUUGCGAGAAGAGCUCAAGCCGUUUGAUCCAGCUUUCUUUGAAGAAAUUGAAGAUCUCAAGUUUCACUGCAAACAAGCAGUUGAAAAGAAUGCCCACUACGAAGAACAACUUGCCAUUCUAUCUCGGCAAUUUGGAAUUGCCAUUGACAUUCCUCGUCACACUGACACAGUUUAGUGACAAUAAUCAUUAGACACAUUGACUGUAAAAAGUGCAAGUAGAACGGUUCUAUGAUAUUGUUAUACACUUGCUUACUAUACAUGGAAUUAGUGUACACUUGGUAACAUUUGGUGCUAGACUUGUCACAGUUUUGAUAUAUUAAUUAAAAGGCAUUCUAGAUAUCGAUGUUCUAGAUUACUGAGCUAAAAAAACUCUGAAAUU